GACUCAAACCGGAAGCACUCCAGCUGAAACUGGGCCAGAGUCCGGGCUCCGAGUGGGAAAGCGUGGCUGGAGAGGAAUUCUAGCUCUUGUUCUCUCCUGGGGACAAAGGGCUGGUUGGCAGCAGGGGUGGGGUGUCUGCCCCCCCUCGGGGGGGGCAGGACAGGGCCUCAGGCCUGGGUGCUGUCUAGCACCUGGAAGAUGCCUAUGUCCUGGUUCCUGCUGUCCUUGGCACUGGGCCGGAGCCCUGCGGUGGUUUCUCUGGAGACGCUUGUGGAGCCUCACGACACUGCACGCUGCUCUCUAGGUCUUUCCUGCCACCUCUGGGAUGGUGACGUGCUCUGCCUGCCUGGAAGCAUCCAGCCUGCCCCAGGCCCUGUGCUGGUGCCCACCCGCCUGCAGACAGAGCUGGUGCUGAGGUGUCCACAGGAGACCGACUGCGCCCUCUGCGUCCGUGUGGUUGUGCACUUGGCUGUCCAUGGGGGCUGGGAAGAGCCUGAAGAAAAGUCUGACUUGGAACUCCAGGAGCCUAGAAACGCAUCUCUCCUGGCCCAGGUGGUGCUCUCCUUCCAGGCCUACCCCACUACCCGCUGUGCACUGCUGGAGGUACAGGUGCCUGCCGUCCUGGUGCAGCCUGGCCAGUCUGUGGGCUCUGCAGUGUUUGACUGUUUCGAGGCUGGCCUUGGGGCGGAGGUGAGAAUCUGGUCCUACACACAGCCCAGGUACCAGAAAGAACUCAACGUCACACGGCAGCUGCCUGACUGCAGGGGUCUUGAAGUCCGGGACAGCAUCCAGAGCUGCUGGGCCCUGCCCUGGCUCAGUGUGUCUGCAGACGGUGACAAUGUUCGCUUGGUACUGGAUGUCUCUGAGGAGCAGGACUUUGGCCUCUUACUGUACUGGGACCAGGUCCAGGGUCCUCUCAAAUCCCAGAGGCACAAAAACCUGACUGGACCACAGACUAUUACUUUAAACCAUACAGACUUGGUUCCCUGCCUCUGCAUUCAGGUGUGGCCCCUGGAGCCAGAUUCUGUUAGGACCAGUUUCUGCCCCUUCCGGGAAGAUCCCCGAGCACACCGGAACCUUUGGCACAUAGCCAAGCUGAAGCUGGUGUCCUCAGAGACAUGGCAGCUAGAUGCACCAUGCUCUCUGCGGGCCAAGAUGGCACUGUGCUGGCAGGCACCAGACCAGGGUCCCUGCCAGCCCCUUGUGCCACCGAUGCUCCAGGAGAAUGUCACUGUGAAUAAGCCUCAUGAAUUCCCGUUGCUGAAAAGCCACCCUAACCUCUGUGUCCAGGUGAGCAGCUGGGAGAAGAAGGUCCAGCUCCAAGAGUGCUUGUGGGCUGACUCCUUAGGGCCCUUCAAGGAUGAUAUGCUGCUGGUGGAGAUGAGAACUGGCCCAAACAACACAUCGGUCUGUGCCUUGGAACCUAGUGGCUGUACAGCACUGCCCAGCAAUGCCUCCACGAGAGCUGCUCACCUUGGAGAGCAGUUGCUGCAAGACUUCCGGACACAGCAGUGUGUGCAGCUGUGGAAUGAUGAUGACCUGGGAGCGCUCUGGGCCUGCCCCAUGGACAAGUACAUCCAUAAGCGCUGGGUCCUGGUGUGGCUGGUCUGCCUUCUCUUGGUCGCUGCGCUUUUCUUCCUUCUCCUUCUAAAAAAGGACCGCGUGAAAGCGGCCCCCAGGGCCCGCACAGCCUUGCUCCUCCACUCCGCCGACGGAGCGGGCUACGAGCGUCUGGUGGGCGCGCUGGCGUCAGCGUUGAGCAAGCUGCCGCUGCGCGUGGCCGUGGACCUGUGGAGCCGCCGCGAGCUGAGCGCGCACGGGGCCCUGGCCUGGUUCCACGGGCAGCGGCACCGGACCCUGCAGGAAGAUGGCGUAGUAGUCCUGCUCUUCUCGCCCGCGGCGGCGGCGCAGUGCCAGCAGUGGCUCCAACAUCAGACGGUGGAGCCAGGGCCGCACGACGCCCUCGCCUCCUGGCUCAGCUGCGUGCUGCCCGAUUUCUUGCAAGGCCGGGUGGCCGGCCGCUACGUCGGGGUCUACUUCGACGGGCUGCUGCACCCCGACGCCGUGCCCGCCCCGUUCCGCGCUGCGCCGCUCUUCUCCCUGCCCUCGCAGCUGCCUGGCUUCCUGGAUGCCCUGCAGGGAGGCUGCGCCCCGCGCCCCGGGCGGCUGGCGGACAGGGCGGAGCAAGUGGCCCAGGCCCUGCGGGCCGCCCUGGACAGCUGCACCUCACAUUCGGCAGUCCCGGGCUGCGGCGAAGCAUGAGACCCGGGACCCUACCCUUCACUCGAAUAAAGACAGACGCAGUUAGCCUAA